CACAUAAUAUUUAUCUUAAUUUAUAAAGUUUUAACAAGACUUAUAGGUACCUACCAUUUAUUUCAGACACGUUAGGAUUUCUUACUUCUGUAUAAAAGCAGAACCGAGAUCCGAGUAUUCUGAACUCUGAACUGAACUUAUUUUAUUUGACUUACCGUCUGGAUUUUCUGAUUAGAAUUGUAUUGUAUAAUGAUAUUAUGAAAUGUUUAGUAAAACAUUUCCUAUUUAAUAAAAAAUGAUAAUACAGUUCUUAAUAAUUUGUUCAUGUUCCAAUUUGUUCCAUUAUUUUAUUAAUAUUAACAUAAAUAUCACUUUAAAGUUUUUAGAAUAAGAAACAAUAAUGAUCAAAGCAAUAUUGGUCUUUAACAAUUACGGAAAGCCUAGACUUUCUAAAUUCUAUCAAUAUUUUAAUGAAGACAUGCAACAGCAAAUUAUUAAGGAGACAUUUCAGUUGGUUUCCAAACGAGAUGACAAUGUUUGCAACUUUCUUGAAGGUGGAAGUCUCAUUGGAGGAUCUGAUUACAAACUGAUUUAUCGUCAUUAUGCUACACUGUAUUUCGUGUUUUGUGUAGAUUCGUCUGAAUCAGAACUUGGUAUUCUUGAUUUAAUUCAAGUAUUUGUUGAAACACUCGAUAAAUGUUUUGAAAACGUUUGUGAACUCGAUCUUAUAUUUCACGUCGACAAGAUUCAUUACAUUUUAAAUGAACUAGUAAUGGGUGGGAUGGUUCUAGAAACUAAUAUGACUGAAAUACUUUCAAGAAUAGAAGAACAAAAUAAAUUGGAGAAACAAGAAGCGGGUCUUGCUGGUGCACCAUCUAGAGCUGUGUCUGCUAUGAAAAAUAUGAAUAUUCCACAACAGUUAAAGGAUAUGAAACUUCCAGAUCUCCCUCAAGCCAUUAAGGAAUUGAAGUUCUGACAUUCAAGGAACAAAUUGGUUUGCUCUGAAGCCUAUCAUAACUAUACAAAUUGAGUAUGG